ACGUCCUUAUCACACGUCAGAAUGACCAACCACCAAAUCGAUACGAGCCCGCCGAUUCUGUUCGUGGACAAUGUUCUUCGUGCCACAAAAUUGGUCCACGACAUUCGCCGGCAGCGCCGCGUUGCCCAGGAAAACAAGGAACUGCUCAAGAGGAUCAAUCGCAUCAACCGGACUCAGGGAUUUCUGGGAGUUGACUACAAACAAACAGUUAAAAGGUCACUAAAUUGGGAAGCGAGACAACGUGAAUCGAGAAGAAUAUUGCAGCAAAAUCUAAUUUUACUUGAAAGAAUUUUGAAUGUGAUUCCAGAAAUAAGAACGGCUGAUCAAGAAAAGUUUUAUCAAAAUCAAAUCAAGUAUCGAGGCAUUUGUGCAACUUAUCCCACGACUAGAACAAAUCCUUUUCGACAUGCUGACACGAACUAUCAUUGUCCAUGCGUUCUUAUGAAGAUUUGGGAAAGAGAUGACCGGUUUAUUGGAUCAUUGAAAAUCAACAUUUUCGAAGAAAACAUGUACAACUUUCUUAUCAAAGAGAAUAUCAAUUUUGUGCGGGGUCAAAUUUACCGAAUUUAUAAAGAUCAAUUUGUUGUGAUACGAGGACACGUCAGUGCACCGGAAGCGAAUCGAUCCAAGCAUAAGCACCUAAUCGAGAAUGUUCAACGAGGGUCUUUAGUGGCGGCAAUAAUCAACGAACAGCCUGCAAUUUUACUGACUCUGACAACAUUUAAACGCUUGGCAAAUUGCAAACUUCUCGGAUUGAUUGAGUUCGCCAGUAGAAAGACGAUGGAUUUGAUCAACUAUUACGGCACAACAAAUGGCAGACUUUUGGAACCAUUGCGGUUUCGGAUGAAAAUAAACCAUUCAAUUGAGUAAC